AUGGCUGCUCAAAAUAAUAUAGGAGGACCAUGGGUUGUGGACGUCGGCGUGUACUUCGAUGUCAGCGGGGGUUCUGUGUCUGGCGUCCUAACCACCAACGUUAUAGGGACAGAAGCAGUGAAGUCAAUGAUUCUGACACUCUCACCAACAAACAGUUCAUCGGUUUUCUCAGUCCCAGUGCCUGAUAGUUACAAAAUUAACAGAUGGUGGCCAAAUGGUUAUGGGAACCAGACACUCUACACCGUUGAAGUCACCUUCACCAGCAACAACGAGGUGUCCAUCAAGCAACGUCGGGUGGGAUUCCGAAUCGUGUAUUUGAUACAGAAUCCUUUUGGCAACGACCAAGGUUUAACCUUCUACUUCAAGAUAAACAAUUUACCAGUUUUCUUCAAAGGAUCUAACUGGAUACCAGCGGACAGUUUUCAGGAAAAUAUUACCAGAGAAAGACUACGCCGUUUGUUCCAAUCAGCAGCCGAAGUCCACAUCAACUCCAUGAGAGUUUGGGGAGGAGGGGUUUAUGAAUCAGAUGAUUUUUACGAUUUGGCCGACGAGUAUGGCAUCAUGAUCUGGCACGAUCUGAUGUUCAGUGAUAACUUCUACCCCAGUACUCCAGACUUCCUGAAUACAGUGUCCCAAGAGAUAACACACCAGGUGAGACGAACCCGGCACCAUCCUUGUAUCGCCGUGUGGUCAGGUAAUAACGAGAUGGAGUCAGGCCUCAGAGGUCAUGGUACUUUCAGUUUCCAUGACUACAAACGUUACUACGAUGACUAUGUCAAGCUGUACGUGACAACGAUCAAGACUAUCAUCGACAAGGAAGACACAACGCGGGUGUAUCUGCCGUCAAGCCCUAGCAACGGAAAGGAUACAGAGAAGGAGGGCUGGGUUGCUAAGGACCCUCAGUCUCAGCUGUAUGGCGACAUUCACUUCUAUGAUUAUGCUGCCGACUUGUGGAACGACUCGGCGUUCCAGAUCCCUCGAUUCGCCUCAGAGUACGGGAUUCAGGCCUGGUGCAACGUCGAGACCCUGGAAGACGUGUUUGACGCCGGGGACUUUGACUACUGGGGACCAAUGUCUAAUCAUAGGAAUCACCAUCCUCUUGGUAAUAUACAGAUGGUGGAAGAAGUUCUCCAACAUUUCAAAGAACCAAAUAAUCCAGACACCAAACAGAAAUUUAGUGAUAUCGUCUACUUAACUCAGAUAAAUCAGGCCGUGUCGGUGCAGACUGAGAGCGAACACUACCGGCGCUGGCAGGAUUAUAAGACGUCAGAUGGGCGGGGACAGACUAUGGGCGCCCUCUACUGGCAGCUUAACGACAUCUGGCAGGCUCCGUCAUGGGCUAGUAUAGACUAUAAGGGCAAAUGGAAAAUGCUGCACUACUUUGUUCGGAAAUUCUUCGGCCCCGUUCUCAUCUCCCCCUACAUGGACGGCAACUUGCUCAACAUCUACAUGGUGGUGGACGACGUCUUCCUGACCGCGAACACCGGCAUGAACGUCUUCUCCCCUGCCACCAACCGCCCCCUCAGUUCCAACUUCUCCAACCACGGGAAGACGACUGCCGUGGCCACCUCGGGAACGCUCUUCAUCCAGAUGUACCGAUGGGACAGCUUUACCCCUCUCAAGACAUGGAACGUUACAUACAAGGCGACACAAUCAUCCCAGUCAGUUUUCAAGCAAGACAUUUACCCUCUGAUCACAGCGUCCGGCUGUCCAGACAGGCCUUACUGUUUUGUCUACAUGUACCUGAAUGAUCUAACUAGCGGCAUCAACGCAUACCUCCCUCUCACCUACUACAACAACGUCAUUGGACUCACCAAAGCUAAAGUUGUGGUAACCGGCGUUACAAAGAUGUCGAACACAGAGUUUGAAGUCACUGUUGGAUCUAAUGGCAUUGCUCCAUUUGUUUGGUUGGAUGCUGUUGGCAUCUCUGGGAGAUUCUCUGACAAUGGCUUCCUGAUGAUGACGCCUUCUAGGACAGUGACCUUCACCUCUUGGGAACCUGUUGAUCAAGAUACUUUUAAACGAUCAUUGAAAUCGAAAUCUUUAAUGGAUGUUUAUGCUUAAUACAAUUUCAAGAAAUAUGUUAUUAUUUGUGAUUCGAUAAAAUUGCCAAGUGUAUCAGAUAAUGUGCAUUAAAACAGUUUGAAUAUAUACAAUUAUAUUUCACCUCGAUUUUGUUAAGCCUGCUCCAGAAUACCUUCAUCUACUGCUCAGGUUUCAAUAAUGUUCAGUGACUGGUU